UUUUUCGGGGUUAACAUGGACUUCAUACAGACGCAGCCUCGGGAGACAGUGGGUUUUUUUUUUUUCUUUGCCGAGACAAUUUUCGGUAUGAUUUUUAAAAGCUGUCAGAGUUUCGCGUGACCGGUUUUUAAUAGAAAGCACGAAGAAGAGGAGCGUCUGAAUCAUCGUACAGGAGCGGCCAUGUCUGCAGGUGAGCCCCCGUCAGACUCCACCCCCUUCUUGUCUGAUGAAAGUGAGGCUGAGGAACAGGGCGGGGUGUCGGCUCAGGGUCCAAUAGAAGAGCCAGCCAGCGGAGUGUCCAGAGUCCGAGCUCUGCUGACGGUCUUCAUCCUGUGCUAUAUUAACCUGCUGAACUACAUGGACCGGUUCACUGUGGCUGGUGUCCUCCCUGAAAUCGAGAAGUAUUUCGGGAUUGAUGAUGAGAAAUCUGGUUUGCUCCAAACAGUGUUCAUCUGCAGUUACAUGUUUCUGGCUCCGUUGUUUGGCUACCUGGGCGACAGGUACAACAGGAAGUUGAUCAUGAGCUGUGGCAUUAUCUUCUGGUCUGUGGUGACGCUCGGCAGCUCCUACACACCCAAAGACCACUUCUCAGUCCUGCUGUUGACGCGAGGUCUGGUUGGAGUCGGUGAGGCCAGUUACUCCACUAUCGCUCCCACCAUCAUCGCCGACCUGUACAUCAAAGAAACCAGGACCUACAUGCUCUCCAUAUUUUAUUUUGCCAUUCCAGUUGGCAGUGGUCUUGGUUACAUUGUGGGGGGGCAAGUCAAGAACGCGACCAACGACUGGCACUGGGCUCUGCGGGUGACUCCGGCAUUGGGGCUGGUCGCCGUGCUGCUGCUGCUCCUUGUGAUUAAGGAGCCGAAACGAGGCGCCAUCGAAGCCGGACCGGAGCAUCACCUGAACCAGACGAGCUGGGUGACAGACCUUAAGGCUCUGUCCAAGAAUACCAGCUUUUUGUUGUCCACCUUUGGCUUCACAGCGGUGGCGUUUGUGACGGGCUCACUGGCGCUCUGGGCUCCUACCUUCCUGUACCGAGCCGCCGUCUUCACCGGAGAGAAAACGUCCUGCAUAAACGGAGACUGUGCCUAUUCAGACAGUCUGAUUUUUGGUGGCAUCACCUGCGUGACAGGUGUGCUGGGCGUUGCCAGCGGUGUACAGGCUAGUCGGCAGCUGAGGAAGAGGACGCCUAGAGCUGACCCAUUAGUCUGCGCAACCGGGCUCCUGCUCUCUGCGCCAUUCCUAUACCUGGCCAUCGUGUUUGCCCAGACCAGCACUUAUGCCACUUACGUCUUCAUCUUCCUGGGAGAGACGUUUCUGUCAAUGAACUGGGCCAUCGUAGCUGAUAUACUGCUGUACGUAGUUGUUCCGACUCGUCGCUCUACAGCCGAGGCUCUGCAGAUCGUCGUAUCACAUCUAUUGGGAGAUGCAGGAAGUCCGUACCUGAUUGGAGUGCUUUCAGACAGACUGAGGAGAGCGGACUCUUUUCUCUGGCAUUUCCGCUCGCUGCAGCUCGCGCUGCUCCUCUGCGCCUUUGUGUCGGUAGUGGGAGGGGCUUUCUUCCUAGCCACUGCCCUCUUCAUUGAAAGAGACCGUCAACUCGCUGAGAACUACAUUGCUUCAGAUGAAGAACCGAUUGUGGUACCAAAAAGUGGGCAGUCACCAAAGUGCCAGUAUCCACCGUUCUUGUCUGAAGACCAGUGAAACCUGCUCAUCCCUCCUUGUUUUAUUUUAUUAAUUUAGAUUUUAUGGACUUUGCACACUGUCUGCUGUGCAGAAUGUUUUUAGGAUAAACUUUAUUUUUUAAUAUUUUUGUCACGGGUGCUUUCAGUAACUGCUCUCGUUUUUGGAGGCUUGGUAGCAACACUUUCUGGAAAUGUUUGCAGAGCGGGUGUGAAGCUACUCUGGAGGUCAAACAGUUUUCAAACCUUUCAGUGGUUUUUACUGACACGACCCCCUGGUAACAGUUAAAAUUUUACCUCAGUGAUCCCAUGUUAUAACAAAGAGCCAAUAACAGUUUAUUCCCCCCCAAAAGACAGGAAACACUUUGUUUUUUCGUAAGUGAAGAGGUUGGCUCUGAUUUGGCUGUUAGGCAGCAGUCAUGUAACAGGCUGUGAUGUCAUCUGACCCAGAAAACAAAAUCUUGACCUCAAAACAGUUUUUAUUUGGGAAUGCGACCAGCUGUCAGUGUAAGAUGCUCAGAAUUUGUCCUGGGCUUUUAUAAAAGUCUCGGCAGAUACAAUUCAAAUCUCAUCAGGUUUACGCGAUAACCCAAAUUAAAUACUGUCAUUUUUAAAAUCUCUGCAUUAAAAGGUCACAUAUGGAGGAUAAGCUGAUUCAAGUUUGGUUAAUUUUGAUGUGGCAGAUCAAUCCAAAAGUCAAAAGUUUUUGUUUUGCUUAUGACUAUGCUUGUCUGCCCCCUGCUGGAUAUGUGUGGGAUUGUUGUAGGGAAUAGUCCUAACACAUGCAUGAAGGAAAUUAGGAGCAGGUACGGUUUAAAGUUACAUGAAUCUUAAGAUGAGCUUCUUAGAUGGACAUUGUCAAGGCUGAGGUCUGACAACCACCCGAGACUCAGUGACUUGUUCAUUAAUAAAAUUUGAAAAUAAGACCUGAAACUGUUUAUUAAUUUGUCAUUCAACAGAAAAUUUGCAACUAUUUUGAUAAUUAAAAGCAAAAGCAUCUCAAAUGAUGAAUUGCUGUGUUGUUGCUUAAUUUAAUCAUUGAAUGUACUUAGAUUUUGGAC